AUGUCUCACCAGUUAUUAGAAGAUGGCCGUCUCAGCUACGUAUAUAGACAAACAAUCAACUUCCUGGUCUUGGUUCUAGAUUUUGACCCACUCUCAGGAGAGAGUAUCCUGAUCUGUAAGCCGAGUGAGAGAAGUAAAGCCGUGACCUUAGUACAGUCUGAACUGCCACCUGUCAGGAGUUGUCUGAUCAAACACCAAGGGGAACAACUCAGUUCUAGCAUGAAAAGAGCCAUACUAGAGAUAGUUGUCAGUGGUGUGGCGGUGUCUGUGACAGAUGUGGCGGCCUAUGCCUCCUGUACUAUGUUAGCGGCGUCCCUGGAGACCAGCUCUGACCAGACACAGGACAUGAUUGAUGCCUGUAUACAGUUCCUUCAGGACAAUGAGUUUGUGUCUCUUCAGAAAUCACAAACAGAAGUUGGUAUGACUAUGACAACAGAGGAAAGGUUUGUUCCCACACAGCUCGGUGCAGCUGUACUAGCUUCCAGUCUUUCUCCAGAUGAGGGUCUGACUGUUUUUGCUGAACUACAGAAAGCUCGACAGUGUUUUGUUCUAGAGAAUGAACUACACAUAGUCUAUCUAGUGACCCCCAUAUACUCCCUUGACCUGGGGGCUAACAUGGACUGGUACAAGUUCUACUGCCUGUGGGACAAACUUUCCCCGGACAAGAAGAGAGUGGCUCAGCUGGUGGGGGUCAGUGAGGCAUUCCUCACCAGGGCCAUCCAGGGGAGGAUACCAACUAAAACAGAGAACCAGUUAAGGAGUCUGGCCAUACACAAGAGGUUCUACACGUGCCUGAUACUGAGUGACCUUGUACAGGAAGUCCCCCUGGGGGAGGUGUGUCACCGCUACAGCUGUAACAAAGGUCAGCUCCAGUCACUACAGCAGACAGCCGCCACUUUUGCUGGAAUGGUGACAGUGUUUUGUGGCAGGCUGGGUUGGUAUAACUUGGAGUUGAUCCUUGGUCAGUUCCAGCAUCGUUUGACCUUUGGAGUCCAGAGAGAGCUGUGUGACCUUGUGAGACUGACCUUGCUGAAUGGACAGCGGGCCAGAGUCCUGUACAAUGGUGGCUUCCACACUGUGGCAGCUCUAGCUAACGCCAAUGUCAGUGAUGUGGAACUAAUCUUCAAGAAAUCCUCACCCUUUCAAAGCUCCAAGCAACAGGACAAUGAGACAGAGUGGGAGGCGACAAAGAGACAGGAGAGUCGCUGUAUCUGGUUAACGGGGCGUAAAGGUGCAACAGAGCGUGAAGCCGCAGAGGCCAUCAUAGAGGAGGCCAAGUCAGUCAUCCAACAGGAGCUGGGCGGACUGGGAAUCCAGUGGAAAAAUCCAGAAUCCAGGGACAUCCAGAAAGGAGGGUCAAAUCUGGAUCAGAGCAAAAUGGAGUGUCAAGAUGACAAGAGGGUUCAGGGUUUAAACCGAAGUCAUAGUGGUAUGACCUUGGUAAAGCCCAAGGGAAGGAGGUCAGUGGGGAAAAGAAAAUCAGUGGGAAAGAAAAGUCCUGGACUCUCCAAGUCUGGGAUUUCUAAUGGAGAUGAUUCCAGAGUAAUAGAGAAGUCUGUUGUAGUCAGUCCACCUGGCAUCAGAAUACAAGGGAACACACAGGGACACAAGAACAAAACAAUCACAUCUGAUAGUAUGGGAAGCAUGAAUGAUGAUUUGAAAGGGGGAAAAGAAGAUUGUACUAAAUCGAUGACAAAACUUACAACCACAGCAGAAGUUCACCAUGUUCCACCAAAUCCAGUGGGAAAAAACUGUUCUGUUCCUCAAAUACACCAUUCUGAGUCUUGUGAAGGAACAAAUAAAGAGAUGCUACUGGAUAAAGUUGAGAAACAACGAAACUCCAAACAAAUGGAAACAUCUUCUGCCAAGACAUCUGAAAUUUCUUCAGGUACGAUUGAAGACAUAUCAGGAAAUGUUCACCCACUAGCUUUCCCUAAGAGUACAACUGCCUCUAGUUCAAAUGCACCCAUUUCUCCAUGUUUAGAUACUUAUUCUUCAGUUGCUUCUUCUACUAAUGCCAUCAAAAUCCCAGCAUUGUCAUCUGAUUUAACCAACACAUCAGACAAUGUAAAUCAUAGAAAAGACAACAGAGGAAAUUCUGAUUGGAAAGUCUCUUCAUUAGGCUUUCAUGAACCUGACUGUCUGAGGAAUCCUGAUGAUACAGCAAAGACAAAUAACAAACAAACUCCAGCCUUCAAUCAAGGAUCAGAUAUAAAAACUCCUCUUGUACAGACAAAUCAAAUAAAUCAAUCGUCUAUGGAGAAUUUGAAAAUUCAUUCGAGUUCUAAAGAAGUGGAGGGAAAGAGUUUGAACAAAAAUUCUAAAGAAAACAAAGAGAAAGCUUUUGAUGAUAUGUUUUGUUCAGGGGAUUUUACAGAUAGUUUUGUUUUUGAAUCUCAGAUGGAUGUAGGUCAAGUAGAUUUCCCAGCAUUGGCUUCUGUGGCUUCAAAGGAACCAGUGCCCAGUACAAAUGAUAAAAAAUCUGGGUCAGAUUCAGAAAAAGCAGAUAUUGGUUCAAUUAAUGAAGUAGAAAGACCGUCUUCUGAAAAGAAAAGUUUAAAUAAAUGUUUGCAAGGAAAAGAUUUGUCCAAGGUGAGAAUUUGUGCUCAAGCAUCCAGCCGUUUUACAGAGGAACCAAAUAAUAAGGUUAGUUACAUAAAAGACAAAGAAGUAAACUGUGUGAUACCUGUGUCAUGUGAAAGUGCAGAUGGUAGUAAAAGAGAGAAAAAUGGCAAGUGUGAAAAUGGAAUUGAAGAUAAUGCUAUUAGUGAAUUCAAUGAUAAGUGUGAUAAAGAUUUGAAUCUUAGCAGCAGUCUGCUGAUGUCACAUGACAUAUCAUGUGACCUGUUACCAGCCAGUAAUUUUGAGAGGUGUAUGAUGUCAGAUGACGAAUCAGAUGUCAGUAAAAAUGAGUCAUACAGGGACCUCAGAAUUCCUUAUCUUAGUGGACAGGAGGCAUGUUUUCAUGGCAGUGAUAAAAAAGAAAAAGGUCCCACUCAGGUAGGCUACAGCCAGCUGUCACAGGACUUGAUGCUGGCACUGGAACUCAGUGAUACAUUCAAUGAGGACAGUGAUGGGACACAAACUAAAAAGUCAUCAGAACCAGGCAAUCUGUCAAAGCGUGGGGAAACAAAUGUUAAGAAUUCAAGAAAUUGUGAAGUGAUAGUGAAUACAUCUGAUCAAGAAACAGGAGGGAGAGAGACAAGUGAUAAGGCAGAAGAAAUGAGUGACUCAUUAACAUUUUCCAUGGUUAAUGAAGUAUUAGAAAUAAGUGAUAUGGGACAGUGCAAUAAAAAAUCAAAUGUAAAAUUGAGUGAUUCUAAAUAUACUAAAUUGAAAACAAGAGGGGCAUCACAAGUUAAAGACAAGAAGCUGAGUCCAGGGACACUAGCAUUCCUUGAUGAUCUUCACACCAGUAUAGACACCGACAGUGAUACAUUAGUGGGGAAAUCACCUUCUCCAAAAAAGGUCUCUUCUCAGAAAACUAAACAUAAAAACACAAAUAAGAAUUUAAACAGCCAAGGAAAAACCGAUGGUAGAAAAUGUAAAAGAAAAAGUUUAGAGAAGGCUGAAGGAGGUAAAGUUAAAAAACCUAAAGAAGAUAAAACCAGAACUAAUGAGUGUCUGUCCCCCACCCCUCCAAGGCCAGGUCUUCUAAACUCCCCAAGGACAAUUGGAAAGACCACUCCCAAUAGUCUGAGGUCUAAGGGUCAAAAUGCCAGCACUGGAAGGGCCAAAAAAUGUAUUGACACUUCUGACGCUUCAAAGAAAAAUGAAAAUAUAGUGGUGGAAAAUUGUGAAGGUGAUGAAGUACCUUAUGAAGAGAGAGGGCCUGUAGUGGACCCUAAUGAGACAGGCCUCCCUCCAUCUCAGGGGUCCUUCACUAUUAUAGAUGUGUGUGCUGAUGGUAGGUUGUUUGAGACGUUCCUUGCUGAGUGGAGGACACAGUCUGUGUUCUCUUUAUCUGUGGCCUGUAGGACCAAGCCGUCCUCCUCAGUCUCCUCUUCUGCUGGAGGACAAAUAGGAGCCAAGUUUUCUAAAGAAGGGACAACAGAUAAAAGUAACAGAGGAAUGGGAUUCAGUGAGCCUGGAGUGGUCUCCCUUGGAUUACCUGUCACAGGAACUAACCUGUUAAUUACAGGUGUGUCAAUCAGCUGGGAAGACAGAGAUGCUUAUUUCAUUUCCUUGACCCCAGGGAAUGCAGAGGAUGAAGAUGACCUUGACCUGUCACCCCCUGACCUUGAUAAAUCUCUCUCUGUGUUGGCUCGUCUGGCAGCCAUUAAACAGUCACUAGAAGAUAGAGACAACUACACAGUGAUGGCUAUGGAUGCCAAGUCCUGUUAUGGGGCCCUAGAGAGGGGCUGUGGUAUAAGUUGCCGUGGGAAGUUUCAGGACCCGAAGGUAGCCAGCUGGAUAAUGGACCCAGGGGCCAAUGAGAAGAAUCUUCAUCGCAUGGUCCAUGACUACCUCCCUUUAGAAGCAUUUCUCCUAGAAGGUAUUGGUGGUGGAGUAGGCUAUGGGAGUCUAGGAAUGUCCCCAGAGAACCCUGGGUCGGGUCGGCUUCGGGCCUGUACCGAGGCGGUCCUACUGACCCACUUAAUGCAGUACCUCUCUCUCUGUCUGACCAAAGAGAACCUGAUGUCAGCCUUCCACGACAUUGAGAUGCCAGCUGUUAUCACUCUGUCUCGUAUGGAGAUGAAUGGAUUUGGUUUUAAUGAUGAGGAGUGUGAAAGACAGAAUACAGUGAUGAUAGAACGACUGGGUGAACUUGAGACUGAGGCCUACCAGCUAGUGGGGCACCAGUUUUCUCUGACUUCAACGGAAGAUCUGUCUCAGGUGCUCUUUAUAGAACUACAGCUCCCUGUUAAUGGUGACCCUAGCAGUCUGGGACAGCCUACCAGACCCAACAGACGGGCCCCCACAGGUCGUAGAGGCCGCCAGAAGACCCAGUUUUCUACCAGUAAGGAUGUCCUGGAGAAACUGCGUCCCUACCACCCGCUCCCUGGGGUCCUCCUGGAGUGGCGCCGGAUCAGUGGGGCCCUGACCAAGGUGGUGUUUGCCCUGCAGAAAGAGAAGGCGUACGUGGAGAGGUUGAAGAUGUACAGGAUAUUUACAGAUGUCCAGUACUUCUCAGCCACAGGACGGGUCAGUCUGUCUGAACCUAACCUACAGAACGUCCCAAAAGAUUUCCAGAUCUCUGCCUCAGGUUUGUUUUCCAGCAGGACCCGUAACUCUGUAAGGAACCAAACCAGAGUUCUUCAGAUGACAACUGACCUUUCAUUCAACGUCAGCAUGAGACAUGCCUUCAUCCCUUUUCCAGGGGGAGUUUUGCUAGCGGCUGACUACUCUCAGUUGGAGUUACGCAUGAUUGCACAUUUAUCCCAAGAUGCCAAGCUGAUACAGAUCCUGAACGGUGACGGAGACGUUUUCAAACUGAUCACGGCUCAGUGGAAGUCAAUCAGCGUGGAGGAGGUCACUCCAGAGGAGAGACAGCAAGCUAAACAGAUUUGCUAUGGUAUGAUCUACGGUAUUGGUGCCAAGGCACUUGGUGAGACAUUGGGAGUGGAUGAAAAUGAUGCAGCAGUUUUUAUGCAGACCUUCAAGUCCAAAUACCCUGGAAUGAGGCGAUACCUUAAGAACACCGUGGAUAAAUGUAUCAAGGACAAGUUUGUGGAAACUAUCAGCGGGCGACGACGGUAUCUACCAUCCAUCUCAAACACAAACCCCUAUGUCAGGGCUCACGCAGAGAGACAGGCUGUUAACACCACAGUUCAGGGAUCAGCUGCUGACCUUGUCAAGGUCGCCAUGAACAGGAUUGAUCAAAGACUCUCAGAAAUAUUUCCUCUCUCACAGAAAUCACUCUCACACAAGGAACAAGGUCCUACUGUUGAUUUAUCUGAUGACAGAUGUUGUUUAGUUCUACAACUUCACGAUGAACUGAUUUAUGACGUGACAGAGACCUGUCUGAGACAAGCAGCCAAGGUCAUCAAACAGGAAAUGGAGUCAGCCAUGACCUUGUCUGUUAAAAUGCCAGUCAAGGUCAAAAGUGGGUUGUCAUGGGCAACAAUGCAAGAUCUAGAGGUGUGA